AUGGCUGCCCUCCGGCCUCUGGUGAAGCCCAAGAUUGUCAAAAAUAGGACCAAGAAGUUCAUCAGGCAUCAGUCAGACCGAUAUGUGAAAAUUAAGCGAAACUGGCGGAAACCCAGAGGCAUUGACAACUGGGUGCGGAGAAGAUUCAAGGGCCAGAUCUUGAUGCCCAACAUUGGUUAUGGGAGCAACAAGAAAACCAAGCACAUGCUGCCCAGGGGCUUCUGGAAGUUUCUGGUCCACAAUGUCAAGGAGCUGGAAGUGCUGCUGAUGUGCAACAAGUCUUACUGUGCUGAGAUUGCUCACAAUGUGUCCUCUAAGAACCAGAAAGCCAUCGUAGAAAGAGCAGCACAGCUGACCAUCAGAGUCACCAAUCCCAACACUAGGCUAUGCAGCGAAGAGAAUGAAUAG